AGCAGGACAGUGGUGGCAAGGAAACGUUUUCUGCUCUUUUCCUGAGCGGUCGUGUCGGUGCAAUUGACGGGUGACAUCCGCAACCUCAUUGUUUCAGCCUUUCUGGAGGAAUGUCUGGUUUGUCUCGGCCACCGAAGCCCCGGGGUGCUCCUGGCAAGUCAAACAUGGGAGAAGCGUCCCACACGUCAACACAGGAGCUGGGGCAUAUCGAAGAAGAUACCAUCACUGGCGAUGAAAGCUCGGCGUCUCCAGAAGCGGCUGAGAGCAGAGCGACGGUUGCGGAAGCAUUGACCAAGCAAGCAGACAGCAGAUAUGGACCAUUGCCUUGGAGCAACUACUUUGAUGAGGAGAGGGAUGUCGAGAUUGCCGGCACUACCGACAUGUUCCACGUAUAUUCUGCGGGGAAGGAGGGCCCUGUUCUCUUAUGCUUGCACGGAGGCGGCUAUACAGGGGUGUCCUUUGCCACGGCUGCUGCGCACAUGAAGGCCACGUGUCGGGUCAUUGCUCCGGACCUGCGCGGGCAUGGUCGUACGCGCACGAGCGACGAUGCGGAUCUCUCUGCAGAAACCUUGUGUGAGGACACUGUCCGUAUUUUCACGACGAUGUUCGGGGACAAGAAAGAGGACCAGCCGCCAGUGGUUCUGAUCGGUCACAGCAUGGGAGGCGCCAUCGCAGCCCGCACGGCCGCGCUCCGCAAGCUACCAACUCUCGCCGCCCUUGUUGUCAUCGACGUCGUGGAGGGCACCGCAAUGUCCUCCCUGGCUUUCAUGCAAGGCGUGCUGGCUCAGCGGCCGUCGUCUUUCCCGUCACUCGAUGAGGCGAUUCGGUGGGCUCACAGAACUAGCGCCGUCCGAAACGAAGAGUCCGCCAGGGUGUCCGUACCCUCCCAGAUGGUCCGAAAAGAAAACCCUGAACGGUACGAGUGGCGGGCGCAGCUGAAGGAGAGCGAGCCCCACUGGGCCGGUUGGUACCAGGGCCUCUCUGACGUCUUCCUAGCGGUCCCUGUGCCCAAACUCUUGCUGCUGGCGGGAACGGAUAGAAUGGACAAACCCCUGACGAUCGGCCAGAUGCAGGGAAAGUUUCAAAUGACCAUCUUCAAGACGGCGGGCCACGCCAUCCACGAGGACGAGCCGGAGCAGUUCUCAGAAACCGUGCUCGGGUUUGUGUCCAGGCACCGGAUCGGCCAGGGCGCUCUUGAGAUCAGUGCUUUGAAGUGGGGGAGCAAGACUCUACAUCGCUGAUCGGGGGAUGGCAACAACGGAUGACUCAGCAAAAGUCGCUGACUAGCUUGCAAAAGUCAAAAUACAUGGAGAUUAGUACCGUAGCGUCUACUACCUGGUCGGGCCCAUGCACUUGUAUUCUUCUAGAUACUGUUUAUUAGAUUCGUCCUUGAAUUAUUUUGUUCAUCCUCACUGAGUCAGCAUUUGUACAUCCCCC